AAGCAUUGCGCGGGGGGCGGAGGAGGCAGGGAUGCGAUGGCGGAGUCGCUGCCCCAGGAGAUGCUCACAUAUAUUCUGAGCUUCCUGCCUCUGUCAGAUCAGAAAGAGGCCUCCCUCGUGAGUUGGGCUUGGUACCGUGCAGCCCAGAAUGCCCUUCGGGAGAGCCUGGGCUUCAAGAGCAUCUGCUGCAUCAGCCUGACCAACCUGGAUGGCUCUCCAGCUUCACACCAGGUGCUACAAUCUGUUGCCUACCAUCUGGGCCCGCACCUGCAGAGCUUGUCCCUGGGUGGGGGCAGCCCCACAGAGGCCGCCUUUGUAGACCUGAUCCUGGGCUGCCCAACCCUGCGUAUCCUUGACCUCAGUGGCUGCAAUAGCCUCUUCACCUCGGGCACACUGCUGGCUCAGCCCGAGACGGCACACAGCAUCCGGCAGACCUUGAGUGGCCUCCAUGAGCUCAACCUGGCUGGCCUGCGGGACCUAGCUGACCUCAGCUUCAACCGGCUCAGCAGCUGUGCCCCCAGUCUGGAGCGCCUCUCCUUGGCCUACUGCCACCUCACCUUCGAGCCAGACCCAGCCCGAGGCUGCAUCAGCCCCCAGGACUCCUCUCCCUCUCAGUUCUCCUUCCGCAACCUGCUGCGAUUUGUGCAGGAGCGGGCUGGCAGGCUGCAUGCCCUGGACUUGAGUGGCACUGGCUUGCCACCUGAGGCCCUUCGGGCCCUGGGCCAGGUAGCUGGGCUGCAACUGCAGGAGCUGAGCCUGCAAAGCUGCCGGAACCUCUCCACGGAGGCUGUGGCCACCCUGUGCCUCCAGCAACCAGGCCUUACCUCCCUGGACCUCAGCGGCUGCUCAGAACUGACUGAUGGGGCACUCUUGGCUGUGAGCCGGGGCCUGCGGCACCUGCGGCACCUGAGCCUGGGGAAGCUGCAGCGGCUGACAGAUGUAGGAUGUACAGCCCUGGGUGGCCUGUGGGAGCUGCAGAGCCUCGACAUGGCCGAAUGCUGCCUGGUGAGAGGGUGGGAACUGGCCCGGGCCCUAGGCUCCGUGCAUGGGGCUCCACCACAGCUGGCCUCCCUGAGCCUGGCCCACUGCUCUUCGCUGAAGGAUGCCUCAGUGCUCUCCAUGAUCCCAGCGCUGGGCCCAAGCCUCAGGGUGCUAGACUUGUCCUCCUGUGUGGCCCUCACCAACCGGACCCUGCAGGCCAUCUUCACGCACCUCACCCACCUCUCAGUCCUGCGCCUGGCUUGGUGCAAGGAGCUCUGUGACUGGGGGCUUCUGGGGCUGGGGGAGCCUUUGCACGGGACCCAGCCACAUGCAGAGCUGGAGCAUCAGGCCUCAGGCACCAAGGACCCCAAUCCCGAGCCACAGGGCCCCUCCCUGCUCAUGCUGCGGGCCCUGCAGGAGUUGGACCUCACAGCCUGCAGCAAGCUGACUGAUGCCAGUUUAGCCAAGGUGCUCCAGUUCCCCCGACUGAAGCAGUUGUCCCUGAGCCUGUUGCCAGCACUCACAGACAAGGGCUUGGUGGCUGUGGCCAGGGGCUGUCCCAGCCUGGAGCGCCUGGUACUGAGUCACUGCAGCCACCUCAGUGACGAGGGCUGGGCCCAGGCAGCCAGCUCCUGGCCAAGGCUGCAGCACCUCAACCUGUCCAGCUGCAGUCAGCUCACAGAGCAGACACUGGAUGCCAUUGGACAGGCGUGCAGGCGGCUCCGGGUGUUGGAUGUGGCCAUGUGUCCUGGCAUCAACAUGGCCGCUGUCAGGCGCUUCCAGGCCCAGAUGCCCCAGGUGUCCUGCGUCCAGUCCCGCUUUGUGGGAGGGGCUGACCUGACCCUAACACUCUGAGUAACUAGCCCUGCAGCUCAGCCUCCUUGACUCCCCCUGUCCCCAACCCCGGCCUUGACCCGGGUUGCCUCCGUUGAGGACUGGGGGUGGGGCCAAUCCAGGGCAGCACAGAGAACUUUCUGCCGCACAGCCUGGCAGCAGCCUCUUUCCAGCCACACGUUGCUGCCACAGGCUCCUGCUCUCUGGCCAGGCCCUGGUUGGGAGGCCGGGCCCUCAGCGGGUGGGGUCUGGUCCUAGGAGGAGCAGACCCUAUGUCUCUUGCCUGCCCUCUUCUCAGACCUAAGGCCUGGCUCCACCUAUUCCUGUGGGACUCUUCCCCGCCCCACCCCAGUGUGCACUGAGCUUCAGCAGCUGAGCCCAGGUCUGUGUUGUAAACCCUAAGAUUAAACAUUCCAGAUAGUA